AUGGCGGUAUGCAGCGUACGGGGCAUCGUGACGCCCGAUGCUCCGUCCGACCCUGCUUCUUCGAUCCCGCAGCGCAUUGAAGAGUCAGACGAACCCAAGGCAGACGCUGAGCUGGCGGACGAAGAUGUGGACCCUUUGAUGGACGUACCCAGUGGCCUAUUUGAGGUGGUGGAUGCUGAUAGUGUGGACAACCGCAAGCGGCAGAACUACGCAUCACUGGACGCCGGUGCUAUAAUCCUGGACGCUGCACCCGACACUAAGAGCCCCACUAACCUGUUGGUGCCGGACAAGGACCGGUACAUGCUCACUCCGUGCUCCAACCCUCGGAAAUGGGUCGUCAUUAGCCUCUCGGAAGAUGUACAUGCGGACGCCAUAGCAAUUGCCAACUAUGAAAAGUUUUCGUCCCCCGUCAAAGAAUUUAUCGUGCUGGGAAGUGUCAAUUACCCUACGGACACGUGGCUCGUUUUGGGCAACUUCACGGCUACACACACGAACGGCGAGCAGAUUUUCCAGCUGGAUGCGCAACAGCAUGUGCGCUACAUUAAGUUCCGCUUCCUGUCGCACUAUGGAUCUGAGUACUACUGUACAUUGAGUCAACUGCGAGUGUUUGGUCGGACGUUUACACAAGUGAUUUCUCAGCUGGAAAAAAGCAUCGAUGCAGAAGUAGAAGUUCUGGAUGUACAGGCAUCGAUCCCUGCUCCGCAGGUGAUGGCUUUGUCUGGCAGCGUCGAGGUCUCGGUGGCUCGUACCCCAAACCCAACGGAACUUACGAGUCAGUGCUUAAUGGAGAAGAACAACACGGUUGUGGCUAUUUUUUACAAUGAAUCCCAGCGACUCGAGCACUAUCGAAGCAAUGGAAUGUGCUGUCUAGUCGACUAUACCCCGGAGCAGAUUGAAGCAGAAAUCGCUGCUACUUUUAGUACUUAUGAGCAUUCAGCUACAUCGAGCACAGAGGCGGUUGAUGCUGACACUAGCGAAGGCUCAGCGCAGUCUCCUGACUCGUUGCCCCCCAACGGCGCAUCCAGCACGAGUACAAACACGUCGAGCGUCCCUGUCGCCAAUGCCAACACAACUGCACCGAGCAGCUCCCCAGCAGCGUCGUCUCUGCUGUCGACCUCUCAUGGCUUUCCUGCCUCAUCAACACAAGGUCUUGGACGCCUGGAGAGCAUUUUCGUGCGUAUUACCAAGAAGAUCCAAGCGCUAGAGGUAAACCAGAGCGUCAUGGUGAGGCAGCUUGAGGAAUUCCACACUCACCAGUGGGCAGCCAUCAAGGUGCUACAGGCGAAUCAAGAAUCGUUGAACGAGCAGCUGAUAGAAAUUCGCUCCAUGAUUGUGGACCUGAACGAAAUGCUCAUCGUUCGCGAAGUGAUCACGACCAUGAAAGCAGGCAUUCUUUGCGCCAUCGUCCUAUCGGGCUUCAUCAUUCUAUUUUACCUGUUUCGCCUCCUGUUUCGCUGUGUGUCGAAGUGCAAGGAGCGUGCUGAUCUUCGGGAAUGGUUCUGGCGCAUGGAAAACCACGAGAGCAGCUCAGAGGAUCCAGGGAAAAAGACAACAGACGCCAACAUGACUGCAGGAGCUCUUCGUGUGAAUCGGAAAGCUCAGUUUGGCUCAUCUUGGGACGACUCAGCUAUCGAGCGCAAGACUCUAGUCAGCGACAUGGUCGGGGAUGGCCCACAAAAGUUCCGUCGUCAUCGUGCAAAGAGAGCAAGUCAGCCGUCUGUGUCAGUAAAACGCUCUAGAAAGUAA